AGCCCACUGGUUGGCGUGGGCCGGGACACGCCUUCCCCGGAGCGGAACAAAACGGGGCGCGGGCCGGGCGCACCCAGUCGCGGCUUCCGAAGAGCGUUCCCGCCCGCGCGCCGCGCAGCCAGUUGCCAGUUUCAGGAUGCCGAACUGGGGAGGAGGCAAGAAAUGUGGGGUGUGCCAGAAGACGGUUUACUUUGCGGAAGAGGUUCAGUGCGAAGGCAGCAGCUUCCAUAAAUCCUGCUUCCUGUGCAUGGUCUGCAAGAAGAAUCUGGACAGCACCACUGUGGCCGUGCAUGGCGAAGAGAUCUACUGCAAGUCUUGUUAUGGCAAGAAGUACGGCCCCAAAGGCUACGGCUACGGGCAGGGCGCCGGCACGCUGAGCACCGACAAGGGGGAGUCUCUGGGCAUUAAGCAUGAGGAGACUCCUGGCCACAGGCCCACCACCAACCCCAAUGCCUCCAAGUUUGCACAGAAGAUUGGCAGCUCCGAGAGGUGCCCUCGAUGCAGCCAGGCAGUCUAUGCGGCUGAGAAGGUGAUCGGUGCCGGGAAGUCCUGGCAUAAGUCCUGCUUCCGGUGUGCCAAGUGCGGCAAAGGCCUCGAGUCCACCACCCUGGCCGACAAGGAUGGCGAGAUUUACUGCAAAGGAUGCUAUGCGAAAAACUUCGGACCCAAGGGCUUUGGCUUUGGGCAAGGAGCUGGGGCUUUGGUCCACUCUGAGUGAGGCUGCCGUCACCCACCACACACUGCCCACUCCCAUGCUUCUCAUCGCCGUUCCCUUCCCAGCAGCCUUGGCGACCUCCUGGAUUCCUCUUCCCUCUCAGUCCCGCCACGCAUCACUAAUGACUUGAACUUGGGUGUUCGGCUCCCUUUGGUUUGGAGUCUGCCUGAGAUCCCACUCCUCUAAAGGGCUCCCUCUGCCUGGGAUGUGACACCAUCACCAGCAGGAGACCUCAAUAUUUUAGUGCAGGUCUGGGCUCGUCUCGGAUCCCACGUCUCGGAUCCCAGAGGAGCAGUAGCCCCGGGAGAGAGGGAGGCAGGACCAAGAUGGGGCAGAGGAAGCUGGUGGUUCAUUAGACCUGAGAUUCUCCUUUGCGGGCAAGAGGGUAGGCUUCUUGGUGUCCCUCAGGAUAGGCCUGGGGAGUUCCAGUUGGGGAGUCUCUGUGGAUGCAGAGGGCACACAGACAGGGCCAUGGACUGUCGGGGCCACUUGCCUCUCUGGGCCUCUUCCCUUGGAUGUUCUAGGGACAUGGUGUCCUUCCCCUCGGGGUGAAGAAAACAGCCCAGGUCUGAGGACCCAAAGUCAGGGUGUGGUCUGACCUCCCCAGGUGUCAAGUUCCUUGUUUGGCGGGGGCCCCAGUGAAACACCUCCCAACACACACUUUUAUAUAACAGUGGCCCAAACCUGAGAGUAAAUAGCUCUGCCCCUAACCCUGGUCCCGGGGCUGUGGUGGUAGCUCCUCCCCGUCCCAGCACAGACCAGGCCAGUGCUCUGUUCCUGCCACUCCUGCUUGACCCUUAAGAGUUGGAGGGAGGCACACACGGCUUCAGUCUUCAUCUGGACACUGCUUGCCUAUGUGCCGGGUCCUCAGGACCUGCCUGCCCACUCGGGACCUUGCCCCGACCACUCUGCCCUUCUCUGGCCACAUCGCCCCCCAUCCCUUCCAGGCCCCAGGUGAGGAGCAGCAGGAGGAAAGGGAGGGGCUGGGCCUCACUGCUCCCAGUGACUGAAAGGACUACCGUACGCGGAGGAGUCGCCCGGAAGGGCUGCAGGUGCGAGCUGUGUUCAAGCUGACUUCUCACCUGGUCAAUAAAGGUCUUAGAACAGAA